AUGACGAUUGUCACAGUUGCCAAGCUAAAGAAAAUGUUACCAAAGACAUACUUACACAAGAAAGAGACUUUGGCUGAAAUCAUUGCUGUGAUGUCUCAGAAUAAACACCUUGAACCAGUGAUGGAUAGAUUUGUUUACAAUGACGGGACUGGUAAAAACCUGAUGAGUUUACAAGGGACUAUUGCGGUGUUAUACAAAGGAAAACACUACAAUUUCCCUGUUUGCCUGUGGUUAGAGGAAAGCUAUCCUCGCUCCCCUCCUAUUUGCUUUGUAAAACCUACCAGGGAGAUGGUAAUAGUCCCCUGCAAAUAUGUUGACAAUGAUGGGAAGAUCUUGCUCCCUUACCUGGAUGAGUGGAGACACACCCAGUGUGAUCUGCACGGUCUGAUUCAGGUGAUGAUGGCUGUUUUCGGAGAGAUACCUCCUCUGUGUGUACGUACUCGUCCAGAGGACAACUGUGAGUACAUGCUGAAAUACCCUUUUUUAUCUUGUUUUUGA